ACGGAACCUCAACAUCAACUGUAUGUUUUUGCGUUAUUUUAUUGUGACAAAGAAAGGAAGAAGAAGGAACGAGAAAUUUUUUUUCUUUUACUUAUAAUUCUUCAUCAACAGUUCAUCAAAAUCUAACGACAGCGACACAGGUGACGCCACUAGAUCACCAUAAAAAAUAUAUAUCACAAAAGGCAACAUGGUGAUUUGUAUCCCACUGUCAUUGGCAAACUCUAAUAAUUCCAAAGGAUAUGGAGCUAAUAAGACUAUUGAUAAUAUAGCUGAAGAAGUUGUCGAACUUUAUGUUAAAAAGUAUAUUCUAUCUUCUAUCUGUUGUUUUGGAAUCAUUGGUAAUAUAUUAAACUUGCUGGUUUUGACUAGAAGAAGUUUACAGAAUCGUAUGGGUAAUUUGGAGAGAAGUGCCAACAUUGGACUCUGUUCAAUGGCUGUCUCGGAUUUAUUUUUGUGCUGUAUUCUCCUACCGGAAGCUUGGAUAGACCAAAAACAAUUCAGUUUUGGCUACUACUCUUUCGAAUUGUGUUAUAAAUUAUAUCAUAAUACCUUAGUGAACGUGUUUAUAUUAACAGGAACUCUACUGAUUGUUUAUAUAGCUUUGCAGCGUUACGUUGCAAUCUUACAACCUAUCCGAGCUCGAAUUGUUGUAAGAACGAAAACCAGCAUAGUACUCGUAUCCUUGAUAUGGUUUAUGGGUAUUGUCUUAAAUAUUCCCCGAUUGUUCUAUGAGGUUGCUAACAGCAUGGAAUGUGUUGGAAACUUUAGCGUAUUCUAUUUGGCUGAAGGUUUCAUGAAGAAACACGGUGUUCUAUCAUUAGCGUACGAGUGGUCAUUCAGCCUCUUUGGAAUAUUUGCUCCUCUGAUAAUUUUACUUUAUUGUAACGUGCAUUUGAUUCGUGCCCUUCAAACUUCAACGAAAAUGAGAGGCCAAUUUCGAAAUGAUAAUAAUCGUAAGGAGCGUGAGUCUACAAGACGUGUAACUCUUACACUUGUGGUCAUAGUUAUUUCGUUUAUUGUACUUGUAGUUCCAACCGAGAUUAUGAAACUUCUCAAAGAGAUUGGUACCCAAAGAAGAAUGACCCCGGGGUACAACAUGCUUCUAGCUUUUGCGAAUGUCGGUCAGAGUGUCAAUUUUGCCUUUAAUUUUAUAUUAUAUUGCUUCGUCAAUCCUAAUUUUAGAAAUACGCUUAAAUUACUGUUAUUACCUGCUUGUCUUCGAAAGCCGACUGCUAUUUUAGAGGAGAGUGGGGAGACCGUUAAAUUAACAACGGUUCAUUUCACUAAUUCAACGAAAUGCGAGGUUAAGGAAGAGAAAGCUGCUUUAAAAGCUAACUUAAAGAAUAACAUAAAGUAUGAGAGAUAAACAAAAAAACGUCAAAACAAGGAUGUAACAUUCAAAGGAAAAUGUUGUUAUCGUGUGAUACGUUGCUGUUUUUCUAAACGUUUUUAAACGUUAUUGUAGAAUGUUUUCAUUUCUUUCACUAAAAAGGUGAAGAAUAUUUCACCUAGAUUUUUAGUUGGUUAGAAACAAAGCUUUAAGUUAUCAAGCAUCUUUAUAAAUGUAUUCAAUUUGCUCUAUAACAGAAGUAUUAAUGCAUUUCCUGUAGAUUUGUAUUAGAUGGCGUGUUUUGCGUGUCGAUAGAUUCAGCUUGACGGUGGACAAAUUAUCAACGACAAUUUAUUCACAAUUACUUGGCAUUUGUCUAUUCGUAUCGCUGAAGAGUUUUAAUGUUAAGUUUUUUCUAAAAUCUUUUCUUUAAAACGAAGCGAAGACGAGAUAGAAAAAAAGUUGAACAAAGAAUAAAAAGUUGGGAAUCUUUUUUAUGUUGUUUUAAUAUAAUUUGUUUUUGAUGAAAGAGCAAAAAGAAACGAAGGAUGUUGUACUCAAUGGUCUCGUAUUUAUGUGGUACUCAUAAAUCUGAAAAUUAAAAAUUAACACUAAUAUAUAAAUGUGUAAAUUUAGCCUGCUUUCAUUCAUACUAAGCCAAUAAAAUUAAGCUUAAUUUA